AUGACCCUUGACCCCCUCAGCUCCCUGCUGCACCUGCACAUCCUUCACAUGGGAGGGGUAGACUGGUACAGCUGUAAAACAGAAUGGGACGAGAUCAGCUGCUGGCCUCGGGCGCGGGUCGGCCAGUUAGCCAACGUUUCCUGCUCACAAGUCUUUCAGCACUUCUCCAGAAAUCAAGGAUACGUUUACAGGAACUGUACUGCCGACGGCUGGUCUGACAUGUAUCCGCCCUACGAGGAGGCCUGUGUGUUCAGCAAUGACAGCCAGUACGAGUCUGAGACCAGUUACCUCCAUACCUUCAGACAGCUCUACACUGUGGGCUAUGCCACCUCGCUCAUCUCCCUCAUCACUGCCAUCGUGGUGUUUGCAGCCUUCAGGAAAUUCCACUGCACCCGGAACUACAUCCACAUCAACCUGUUCUCCUCGUUCGUCCUGAGAGCCGGCGCCGUGUUGAUCAAAGACACGGUGCUGUUCGCCGAUGAGACCCUGGACCACUGCUCCAUGUCCACGACCGUGUGCAAGGCGGCCGUGGCGUUCUUCCAGUUCAGCAUCCUGGCCAAUUACUUCUGGUUGCUGGUGGAGGGCAUGUACCUGCAGACCCUGCUGGCUCUGACCUUCAUCUCGCAGAGGAAAUACUUCAGGUGGUACAUCCUGAUUGGAUGGGGGCUCCCGUCCACAGUCCUGCUCCUCUGGGUGUUAACGCGGGUCUUCUAUGAUGACAGAGGCUGUUGGGACGACACCGACAAUGUUGGGAUUUGGUGGAUUAUUAAAGGUCCAAUAACGGCCUCCCUGCUGAUCAACAUCGUCAUCUUCAUCAACGUGAUCCGGAUCCUGGUCCAGAAGCUCACGUCUUCGUCCAUGGCAGGAAACCACGACACGGGACACUUCAUGCGGUUGGCCAAAUCCACCCUGUUCCUCAUCCCUCUGUUCGGGAUGCACUACACGGUGUUCGCCUUCCUGCCGGAGAACACCGGCGUCUCGGCGCGACUCUACAUCGAACUGGGACUGGGAUCCUUCCAGGGCUUCGUGGUGGCUCUUCUCUACUGCUUCAUGAAUGGAGAGGUCCAAACCGAGCUGAGGAGGUGGAUGUGGAAGUGUCACCAUCAGAAUCACCUCACUCCAGCCAAGAGGAGCUUGACUCAGAUCAGCUUCCCUCUCAGACGGCCUCCGUCCAGCAGGAACGUCUCCUCGGUGUGA